CUCUUCUUCCCUGACAAGCCAGGGUGGCUGUGCUGAAUACUCAACCCUGCGCCCCAGCCCUGGCUCCCUGUCCUCAGGUCUUCCCUGCUAACUCUGCCACGCUCAAGAAGAGGGCCCAUGGCCAGGGAGGCCACACGCCUGCUGCCACCAGUCCUGCUGGUGCUCCUGGCCUCAGGUUCCUGGGAACAGAAGCCAGAGUUUCUGCAUAAACUGGAAGGGGAGACAAUCUCUGUGAAGUGCCUGUACCAGUCCUGGCAAGACUCAAAAACAGUGAAAGCUUGGUGCAGGCAGGUAUCAGCACGUACUUGUACUGUGCUAGCCACCUACCCCAGGAUCCAGGGGAUGCCGUGGAAGCCCCGAAACUCCAUUGAGGAUGGGGUCAGAUGGGGCUACUUCAUUGUCACCAUGACUGAGCUCAAGGUAGAAGACUCUGGAUUUUACUCCUGCGGAAUCUACAAAUCCUCUGAGAUCCUUACUUACAGAAACAUCUAUCUUGUGGUGUCUCCAGGUGAGUUCUUCCCCUUCUCUGUGUGGUUCUCGGCCAUCCUGAAUCACAAGAUGUUGGAGCUAGAAAAGAUUCUUACGUAA